AGCCUCGCAGGGGGAGGGGGGGCGCGCCGGGGCGCAGCCGCAUGGGCGUGGCAAGAGCGGGCGGGCGGCGCAUGGCCUGGGCCUCUGGGGGGGGCGGCCGCGCCGCGCGGCCGCGCCGAUGCAGCUCACCCCCGGCCUGGUGGAGAAUGCCUUCAUGGCCACGAGCGUGGUCACGGGCCUCGUGAUAUUUGUGGGGCGGCAUCUCAAGGACGAAGGCGCCGAGACUCCCAGGAAGCCCCGCGCCGCGCAGCCGGGCGGCCCCGGCUUCCGGAGCUUCCAGCGGGUGUAUCUGUGCGUGUACUAUGCGGCCGUCUUCUCUGACUGGCUGCAGGGCCCGUACGUGUAUGCCCUGUACGAGGCGUAUGGCUUCUCUCAGCGCGACAACGCCAUUCUGUUUGUGGCGGGCUACGGCAGCUCCAUGGUAUUCGGGACUGUUGUCGGCUCGCUUGCCGACUGGACGGGCCGCAAGAGGGCCGUGGUGAUCUACUGCUUGACGUACACCCUGCACAAUUUGACGAAGCACGCAAACAUCUUCUGCGUGCUGUUGUUCGGCCGCGUCAUGGGCGGGAUCGCCACUUCGCUCUUGUUCAGUGUGUUCGAGUCAUGGAUGGUGUGCGAACAUACGAGGCGCGGCUUCGACCUGGCCCUCUUGAGCGACACAUUCAGCUGGGCGGUCUUUGGAAACUCUGUGGCGGCCGUCCUCGCGGGCUUUGUGGCGCAGAUCGCGGCCGAUUACAAGCCUCUCGCGCCAAUUAAUUCCACAAACGGCGUGUUUGCGUGGGGGUACUGUGCUCCUUUUGACGUGUCCAAUGCUAUCCUUGUUUUGUGCGCUGUGCUGGUCAAGGCGCUCUGGAGAGAGAACGUUGGCCAGCAGGGCAACGAGGGCACCACCACGUCGGCUCCGCACGGGAUCCGGCGGGCUCUCGAGGUGUGCGCGGCGGACCAGCAGCUGGUCUGCUGCGGCGCCGUGUGUUCUUUCUUCGAGGCUUCCAUGUUCAUCUUCAUAUUCCAGUGGACGCCAGCCCUCACUGACCAGGGACUGGCGCCUCCGCCGUACGGCAUGGUUUUCGCCACGUUCAUGGUGCCCUGCAUGCUCGGCAGCGCCUUGUUCAGCAUUGUCUCCAGAGUGCUCCAGCCAGAACGCAUCGGGCAGGGUGUGGUGGCCCUUGCUCUCGGCUCCGGGGG